AUGAACGACCCUGGGCUUGACGAACCGAUAGCCGAUGCCUCUGCCAUCCUCAAGGAAAAUGUCCAAGACUAUCCUCCCGCAUCCCAUCAUAAUGCUCAAACCUCAUCACCUUCUCGUCAACGAGACAAGUCCCCAGAAGAGAUGUACGACAAAAUGUCUGAGGAGGAGCAAGAGCGGAACUUUCUUAUGCCAGCGAGAUGGUGGUACGCCUCCACGGGUAUUCCCCUUGUGGCGGGUACGUUUGGGCCCAUGGCGAAUGCGUUCAGUAUUUGUGCGCUGGUGGAGAAUUGGCGGGUUGAGAUUCCCCCGGGAGGGACAGAGGAGCAUGGGAUUGACAUCACAGACCCUGAUUGGCUUAUCGCUGUCAAUGCCGUCUCCUUGGCCUUUGCCCUGGUCGCCAAUGUGUCUCUCCUCCUGAACAUGGCGCGCCGUGUACCUUUUCAAAUCGCCCAACCUAUUACCAUACUCGGCUUUUGGAUCGCCUCAGUGCUCCUGAUCGGCCUGGUCGCUAACGCGUCCUUCAACUUUGACGCUCCCGGUGUCAAAAAUCAGGCCCUCUCGCAGCCAUAUUACUACGCCAUCUUCGCCGCGGGACUGUAUCAGGUUAUUUCGUACUCGAUGUGUUUUACGGUGUAUGGGGCGUACAAGGGUUAUUACAGUAAAGAGUUCAAACUUACCGUGGCGCAAAGAACGUUGAUGUUACAGACAGUUUUGUUCUUGGUGUAUCAACUAUUGGGGGCGCUGGUGUAUUCACACAUUGAGGGAUGGAAAUUUUUGGAUGCGGUAUAUUGGGCUGAAUUUACUUCUCUGACGAUUGGGAUUGGUGAUGAUUAUACGCCUAAGACUCAUUUGGGCAGAGGACUGUUGUUUCCCUUUGCGAUGGGCGGCAUUAUCAUCCUGGGUUUGGUGGUCGGAUCGAUUCGGUCAUUGAUUCUUGAGAGAGGGAAAAAAAAGAUGGCAGCACGGUUAACAGAGAAGACCCGACUGCGACUGAUCAAAGAGAUUGAGAAGAUUAGUAAGAAGAAGGGCCUCUUGAGACACAAGGGUGCACUGGGUCUCGAAAAAAACACCACGAAAGCGUUGACUUUGGACCCAGGGGAUGGAGAGAUAUCCGAGCUGGAGAGGAGACAAGCCGAGUUCGAGGCGAUGCGGAAAGUCCAGGAGUGGGCCGCUACUGAGCGCAAGUACAUGAGUUUGCUUGUAUCGACGUUUGCGUUUGCUUUCUUGUGGACCAUUGGGGCAUUGGUGCUUGAACACACGGAAAAGAACCAGGGAUGGACGUAUUUCGAUUCACUCUACUUUUCGUAUACCACGCUUUUGACCAUCGGCUAUGGGGAUUUCCAACCCAUGAGUAACAGUGGCAAGCCUUUUUUUGUCUUCUGGACUCUGCUAGCCGUCCCUACCUUGACAAUUCUCAUCUCUGACAUGGGAGAUACCGUGGUGAAAGCUGUCAAAGACGUCACCAUCUGGCUGGGGGAGAUCACUGUGCUUCCCAGCAGCGAGGAUACCAUAUCAAAUCGGCUCAAGCACGGCGUCUACAAGGCCACUCUUGGACAGCUGGAUCCUCGAAACCCAGAGUGUCGAGAUCAAAAGACUGGUGAAAACGACAAGAAGAUCAAAGAUCGUCUGGCUGCCGACUUUGAGGAGGAGGAGAAACGCGACGAGUCCGAUGCUAGGGACAGGGGGGACCGUUGGCAAGAAGAUGCCCACCACUAUCGCCAUGUGCUGCUCUCUCAGAUUCGAAAGGUGUAUGCGGAUGCUUCAGCAGCAACGCCCAAGACGUACACCUAUGAGGAGUGGCAAGACUUUCUCAAGUUGCUGGGUGAGGAUGAAGCAGAUGCAUCAUACCACCGACGAGCUCCCGCUCACGGUGGCAAGGGAAAUGAAGCUCGAGAGACUGAGAAAGACCAACAGGAAGACAAAGAUACCCGGGUUGCCCAAUGGAGCUGGAUCGACCCACAGAGUCCAUUAAUGGGUGAUAAGGAGGAAGCUGAGUGGUUGCUGGAACGACUCUUCCAGCGGCUGGAAGAAAGUCUGCAUUCUGACACAAAGCAGACGGAGAAUGCGAAGCAUUACACCAGCGAUUCCAGACGGCAGAAACGGCGAGAGGAAGACGAGGCAGGGAGUGAGUGA